AUGGGGAGGCCAGAUCCUGUUCGACUCGGCAGAUUUGUUCGUUUCACUUGCGAAACUGACCAGCACGAAACUGGCGCUGGCGCAGUUCAAACAGUCACGGUCGAUUCGCCCCGUUGGGCCGGCUCAGACGACGAGACAAGUGAAACCGGCUCGGGCGACACGAUUCGACCGGUCAACUCAAACCGACACCUGAUCGAUGCGGGCCACUGA